GAAAACACAAAUUCGUUCGUGACCGAUGGAGAGUCCGCGGUCGGGGAAGAAGGCAACGAAAAAGCCUGCAGCGGAAGGCCGCGGCAAGAAGCGAAAGGGAGACGAGGGUGCGCGAUCUGGCACGCCAACCUCUGGCGGACAGAGUUCGCCGAGGUAUCCUCGACAGGAUGCUCGGUCCGGUGCCCGUGCGUCGCCCCUGCGCCGAUUGCAUUCGAGUGGAUCUACGAGAGAUCUAUCGGGUAUUGCAGCGAUGAAGCCGCUUGUCAGUGGUGAAAUGACCGAAAGCAUUAAACACAUGAUGCACGGGUUUGGCGAUGUAUGGGAGCCCGACACGGACACAGUCGAGUUGAUGGAAGAGAUUGCCGUCGAAUACAUCCGCUCAAUGACGAAAAAGGCCAUGGAAAUCUCUGCGAUCCGCGGGAAAUUGGACGUCGACUGCCUCCUUUUCUCUGUUCGGAAAGAUGAAGAGACAUUGGACCGUGCGAACCAGCUCCUCGAAGCGAACGAAUUGCUCAAGACCGUCCUAAACAGCGGCUUUGACCCUAUUGACGAGAAAUGAUCUCAUGUAUUCGUCUUCUUGGGCUUGGCUUCGAGCAUUCGGCAUCCACGCAAAUGACGAGUUAGGUGUCUACCUCGUCAAUAUUUCCUAUCGUUUGUUGCCGUGGAUACAUUCAGUCGCCAAUCGUCG